AUGCUGUUAUAAGUUCGCGCUAGUAGUGGGUAUCAAGAAUCGUUGCAUAAAAGUCUAAGUAGAUAGAGAGAGCGCAUUUUCUCAUUAUAAUAGAAAUCUAGAACAGAAUUGGCUGAUCUCAGCAAUUAAUGUACAUCAAAGUUUGGCAAAGAUGACACAAAACUUGAAUAAAGGAAACCUAAAGUAAAGAAUUCGAAACAAAACUAAUGCAAAAAGAAACCAUAGAUGAAGCCAUCAUAUGUUCCAGAGAUGACUCUUUACUAAAAAAUAUUGCAAAAAUACUUCUGA